AAAGGCCACUGAUCGCAAAUUACAUCACAGUUGCGCCCACAGACGCGCACGCAGAUGACACCGGGACAACCUGCUGCUUAAAACCAAACACAGGCAGUUCUUAAAACUCACUUUUUAUCAUUAGAUGCCACAAUGUUGCCUUUGAAGAGAACUUUUGAGGGCGAAAAACACCAGCUGCAGGAGCUCAACAGCAGACUUGCCCAGUAUCUUUCCAGGACGAAGCAACUGGAGCAGGAAAAUGCGCAUCUUAUCAGUGAAAUCAAUAAACUCAGACAAGUGAAGGCGUCGGAACCGAAGUACAAAGAGGACAUGCGGGAUCUGAGGAGAAUGGUGGGGCAGCUGUCGUUUGAAAAAUCCCAGGCGGAGAUGGAGAGGGAGAAGCUAUGGCGGGAGUUGCAGAUGGUCCAGUCUCUGUGCAAGGAGCAGACUGAGGUGUGCAGGGACAUCAGUGGCGAGCUGAAAGGAUGCGGGAAGGAGCUCCACCACGCUCACAAGACCAACAGCGAGCUCCAGCAGCGUUUGAUUCAGCUAGAGAACGAGUAUAAAUGCAUAGAGGAUGCGCACAGACAAGAGAUUGACCAUCUCCGGCGUCAGGUGGAGUCCCGGGUGGUGCCCAUCAUCACGCAAACUUAUCGCGGGCCUCCGGCGGCCUCCGUGGAGGAGGUGCAAGAGUACGCCCGCGGUCUGUCCGAAGGAUGGAUUGACACCUUCGAAAUGUACCAGCAGAAGGUGGAGGAGAUGGAUCAGUCGAUUAAAGCGGACCAGGCGAGGCUGAGUGAUAUGCAGAGGGAGAAGAUGAUGUAUGCCUCAGAGUUGGACAAAUUACGCACAGAGGCGGAAAAGCAAGGCCAGAUUCAGCUGCAUCUCGAAGAACAACUGAUGCACAUGCAGGAAAAAUUCCGAGUGGACUACAGUGAAUAUCAGAUGAUUAUUGAGCAGCUGGAGCAUGAAAGAAACAUGAUGGCUGACACAAUUGCAGAGAAGAUGCGAGACCAUCAGCACCUUCUUCAGGUUAAGAUGGAUCUGGGUAUGGAGGUGGCUGCCUACAGAGCUCUUCUGGAAGGUGAGAGAGUGGGUCUGCAAGAUGCUCACAUGAGGGUGAAUCAACAUCAAAGAGAAAGAGUAAUAGAUAUCAGGAUGCCUGCCAGGCCCUACAAUCAAAGAGCUUCCACCUUAACCACCAGACAAUAUAUGGAUAACCGGUACACGCCGCUGACUUCAAACCUGAGAAGAUCCCCUGUGCCUCUCUCUGGAUCCAUAAGUCCCUCUAGGGUCAUUCCUAUUUCAGUUGCAGGCAGAGCUCGGCAUCAGAGUCCUGCAUCCAGAAGGGACAUGAUCUCAUUCACCAAAGCUCGGGCUGCCGUUUCUGCCCCUGCUACCACCACCACCACUACUGUCAAAGAUAAACAAACGGACCAGAGUGUGAAAAUAAAACAGGUCUCUCAGGUACAGAACCAAGUCAGUCCCGCCAAGUCCACCACUACUGAGAACAGAUCAGUUAGAGUGGUGUCGCCGCCAAUGAUGAGCCUGAGCAGGAAAACUGAGGCAGAAAGCAAAGAGCAAGUGUCGGAUAAAAAAGAGAAAGAUCGGGUUUAUGCAAGCAAGAUCAAAGAUGAGGGGAAAACAGAGUCUACAAUAGGCCCAAGUGAGAAAAAGAUAUUAGACUCUGUGUCUGUAGAAGAGAUAAUCGAGAAAGUGAUAAGACCAGCAGGUUUGGAGGCUAAGGUUUGCUCCUCGGGAGAAUCGAAAGUAAGGUAUCAUGUGGAGAAAACUGAGCAGGAAGACGGCACGACUAAGACACAGAUUGUGCUAGAGUCUAAAGUGGAAGAAGAGCUAGAUAUUUCUGAAGACUCAGCACUAGAUGAACUACUGAGCCAAGGGGUUAAGAAAGUGUCACUGGAGGACAUCAAGGACACAGCAACAGGAAGUUUGAUCAAGAACCUGCUAAGUGGCCUGCAGGGAGGUGAGGGCCUGGAAACUAAGUCUGUCAAUGUGGAAAUCAUUGAGGAACCAGUGGAGGCUGAAAGUGAUGAGGAGCUUGAGGUUGAACAGAAGUCAAGAUCUAGUUUUUAUGGGCCCUCCUCAACAUAUUUCCAAAUUGAGGAGCUAGAAAAUGUCCCUCAUGAAACUGAAAGUGAUGGUGAAGCCAUGAAAACCUCCAUGACAGAUGCAGAUCAUCGCAAGGAUGGGUCUGUACAAGAGGUUUCCAGAGAGAGUGAAUAUUCAUAUUUCUCCCAUGACCAAGAGCCUCACGAGUAUUUCGUCUCUACACCAGAUGAUAAUCUUUCUGAAGCUGAGGAGUGUGGUGGCAUUACCUCAUAUGGUCAUUAUGGUAUCUUAGAUGACCUGUCAGAUGAGAGAUAUUAUCAAGAUGAAGGUCUCCCCCCGAGAAGAGUGACUGUAGUGGAAAGUGAUGAAUACAAGUUCAUGUCAGGUGAUCACUCUUUUGUCAAAGAGAGUUUCCCAGAGAGCAUCACUGAGGAAGUGGUUUGUGUCUCCCCUGUAGUACAGGAGUCAAUGCUCGAGUUCCUGAGAGAAGACUCUUUGGAGCCCAAACAGCAGCUAAAGGGAGCUCUAGAGAAGCUACAAAGCUCAAUGUCAGGUCCACUGAAGGAGGAGCUUGCUUUCCUUACAAAAGUGAGCAGUGAAAGUCCACAGAAUGUGUCUGUUAAAAAAGUGCAGCAGUCAAGUGACAAUGGCACCAUGACUAUAGUUGCAGAGCUCAAUGUCUCACAAACCCUGGAAGAGUCUGGGCUGCUGGAGGCAGGAGAUGAUCUAUCUGAAGAACAAAUCAUGGCAACUCUCAGAUCUUCUAACCUAGGACUUGAGAAAGCCUUUCAGGGUGGGGCAGGAGGAGGAUACAGCUUCAGAGUCUCCCAAGAAGAGGAUGUUGCCUAUGGUGAAGACCUCGAAGGCUUCACUCACAAAGGAGAGUCUGUGUCAGAAAUCACUGAGAAACAUAUUAAACUGGGGCCAGCAGAAAAGUCCUACACCUUCCAGAUGGACAUACAGGGUAGCCAUGCUGAAGCAACCUUGGAGCAAGAGCCGAAAUCUCCAAUCCUGGAGACCCCGGUGAAGAUUACUCAAGAGAAAAAAAUUGCAACAGUUUACCUUGAAAGCCCGACAAAUGAUUAAGAAAUAAUUCAGUAUGAAAAAUUUUCAAACUCAGUACUUGCCAAUGUUACUUGCUGAGGUGGUUUUGCAGUUAAAAAAUGUUUAAUUAAUAUUUUGGUGCGCUCUUUCUGUAGCUACUUAGAGUGUGGCACCUACCUGCACCUCAUGAUGCAAGUAAAAUUCAGUUAUUCAUUUAAAAUAGUCAGAUUAAUACAUAUUUUAUGGUAUGAAUUGUGACAGUACUGCUGUUAAAAAUACUUCGCUAACUAACAUAGGCUAGCUUAAGUUAGGAUUGUAACAUUUACAUAUUGUAGCAAAUUCUUAUGUUGGUCAAUACCUUUUUAUAGCUUGCAGUUUAUCUUAAAAGAGGUUUGUUUAUUCUGUCUAAAUUUCUCUAUUUUUGUACUAAUCCGUGCUGUACAGCUUAAACAGCCCAUUUUGCAGUUUGUAGCACCCCAUUACACCAAGCAUCACAUCAUGGGUGUCUCCGCCAUGUUGUUGUCCACAUUUAAUGCAAGCCAACAUAUGACAGUUAAAAGGUCCAGUGUGUAAGACUGAGGAUGAUCUAUUGGCAGAAACAGAAUAUAAUAUGCAUAUAUGCAAUAUGCAGUGUUGUUAUAUAUAUAUAUAUUUUGAACCAACACUGGCUCUCAAUAGGGCAGUUGCCGUUUUCCGUGCGUUUCAUGGCCACCAUAGUUUCUCCUUCACGCUUGGAAAGGGAGGGUGAAGUGAAGGAGUUUCAAUCUGCAACGAAACCACUAGAUGCCGCUAUAUCUUACACAAGAGUUAUGAGGUGCUGUGCUCCGUUUGAUUGAGGCUUUAAUUUUUCUUUUGACUUGGGCACUGUUGCCAAAUUGAAUGGUUUCAGUAUAUACGGCAUCCUGGAACACAAUAGUUUAUUUUAAAAGGAGUAGUCAGUGAAGUGUUAUAUAUAGAAUAUAGUUAAAGGGAUAGUUUGGGUUUUUUGAAGUGGGGUUGUGAGAAAUACUUAUCCACAGACAGUGUAUUACCUACAGUAGACGGCACGCCCCCAGUUUGGAGAAAAAGACAGAUCUAGGUAAUACACGGAUUCACACAACUACACUAAAAAAAAAAACUAUCCCUUAAUGCAUGUAGCUUAGGACGGGAUAGGAGAGUGGAGAAAAAUAUUUAAAUUUGUCUUAACAAGUUUUAAAUGCGGAAGUUGGUGUAGUGCAAGUAAAUGUGGCACUUAUAUGUGGUUGUUAUGUAACUUACAGAGUUGGGUAUUUGCAGAAUAUUUAACUUUACUCACAACAAUAUAUAUGGAUCUGAACAAGUGAUGAGGGAGCUGGGAAUUCAAAAUGGGUAAAAUUGCAAAGCAAAUAGUAAGAUGAAAGAAUGAAAAGAAGUAGCAGAAUCUUAAUGAAUUAAAAGGAUUUAGUGAUUGUGUGGAUUCAUUUUGCUUGUAUACAUUUGUUAUCACAGUGCACGGGCUUGAAGGAUUCAUCUUUGCUCUAACAUAAGUGUGUAUUCAUGGCCAUGACUAUUUUAGGAACAUUGGCUUAGUGUCAGUGGCAUUUAGGAUUUGUUGUGUUGUGUGCUAGUUGCAGAGACAGAAGUGGUCCACUAUACUUACAGUGUGGUUACAUGUUUUGCACAUUUUCUCUAAGUGGCUGCAAAAUGUACAUUUUGCAAUUAUGGAUCAAUGUCUUCACAGAACAUCUUUUUGGCAUUAUUAUGUUAAAAAUGUGAGGUGUUUAGUGUGAAUGCCAUGUUUUUCUGAAUAUGUUCAUUGCUUGAAAUCUAAAAAAUUUCAAUUCAAUUCAACUUAAGACUUGUUGCAUUUAAGUGCCCAGAUACAACAUAUUUCCAUAAGUGAUCUCAUCGGCAAAUUGUAGCAAUUUAAACAAAAACACUAUUACAUCAGUGCACUUAAAUUUUGGUUUUGGAUAAGUAAUCUUUGUUAAGCUACUGUAUAUGUAUGUACACUGUAUAAUCUGGAUGUAAUGUGCCAUUUCAUAGCAUAAAAAACAUGUACAUCAGUACACAGAAAACCUGUUGAUGUCCAAAGAAUGUGUUUGUCACCUUGGAUAGCCAGAAAUAAUUACUUUUAUUGACAUAAUGGUUUCUAAUUAACAAAAUGCAUUAUUAUUGCUUUGGUGAAAAAGGUUCCUGCCCUUAUUUGGAAAAUGAUUCAUAUUGGAACACUAUUAAAACCUAUUGUAGGUA